AACUGAAUUGCAUAAGUAGCAUCAUCCAGAAAACAUUGCAGCUUUUGUCAAAAAAAUAACCAUCUGCUCAUAACUCGAGUGGAGUCUAUAUUAGAGAAUAAAGAAUGGUAUCAUUUUCAAUGCAUUGGAGCCUUGCAGCUAUCUUAUGUUUAAUGGUACUUCCAGUCACACAGACUGUCAAUACUAAGCCCAACAUUGUGCUACUCAUGGCUGAUGAUCUUGGCAUUGGUGAUAUUGGCUGUUAUGGCAAUGACACGAUAAGGACACCUAAUAUUGACAGACUUGCAAAGGAAGGGUUAAAACUGAAGCAGCACAUAUCAGCUGCACCACUCUGUACACCGAGCCGAGCUGCAUUCGUGACUGGACGAUACCCAAUAAGAUCAGGUAUGGAACUAGGCAGUGGAGGCCGAAUAAUUUUCUGGGCAGGAUCAUCUGCUGGGCUCCCUCCUAAUGAGACUACAUUUGCCACAAUACUACAACAGCAAGGCUACUCCACUGGGCUUAUAGGAAAGUGGCACCUGGGUGUGAACUGUGCAUCACGUAAUGACUUGUGUCACCAUCCAAACAACCAUGGUUUUAAUUACUUUUAUGGCACCACAUUUAGUAUUUACAGUGCAUGCAAGCCAGGCAGUGUGGCUGAAUUUGAUGGGCCAUUGAAACCACUGCUUACUUUUUUGACGGAGAUGGUAGGCCUUGGCAUACUUACAUUAAUUGUUCUGAAAUAUAGCAAACUCCUUGCCAUUAAUGGAAAAUUCAUAGUCUUUUGUGCAAUAUGCGGCUUCUUGUUUUUCAUCUCUUGGUACACAUUGUAUCAAUGUAAUCGUUACUUGAAUUGCAUAAUCAUGAGAAACCAGGAAAUUACUGAACAACCGAUGAAUAUUGAAAGAACUGCCUUUCAAAUACUGAAAGAAGCCCAUGGAUUUAUUGAAAGAAACAAGAACAUGCCUUUUCUGUUAUUCGUUUCAUUAUUCCAUGUUCACACUCCGCUCGUUACCACAAAGAAAUUUACUGGAAAAAGCAAACAUGGAGUCUACGGGGACAGUGUUGAGGAAAUGGACUAUAUGGUUGGUUCAGUGGUUGAUUACAUUGAUGGAGCAGGACUGACAAACAAUACAUUAAUAUAUUUUGCCUCCGACCAUGGGGGAUAUGUAGAGCUUAAUGAUGAAAAUACCCAGCAGGGAGGAUGGAAUGGAAUUUACAAAGGUGGCAAGGGUAUGGCUGGUUGGGAAGGUGGCAUAAGAGUACCAGGCAUAUUCAGAUGGCCUGGAGUCAUAUCUCCUGACACAGUAUGUGAUGAACCAACAAGUCUUAUGGAUAUUUUCCCCACUGUAGUUCAUCUAGGAGGAGGAGAAUUGCCAACAGACAGGACAAUCGAUGGUCGGAACCUAAUGCCUUUACUGCAAAAUCAAACAUUGCAUUCUGAGCAUGAGUUCUUAUAUCACUACUGUGGAGCACACUUACAUGCAGCUCGGUGGCAUGAAAAAGAAAGUGGUGCUGUUUGGAAGGCUCACUUUAUUACACCAGUAUUUUUUCCAGAAGGUACAGGAGGCUGCUAUGAUACCUUGGUUUGUCCAUGUGACGGGGAUCGUGUAACAUACCAUGACCCUCCAUUGUUAUUUGAGAUCUCAGCCGACCCUUCUGAGUCCAAUCCACUCCAACUUGAGUUAAAGCCACAAUAUGUGCAAGCAAUUAAUCGCAUUAAACAAGCAGUAGCAGAACAUCAGAGAACAAUAAGCCCAGUACCACAGCAAUUGUCUUUUAUGAAUAAUCUUUGGAAACCAUGGCUUCAGCCAUGUUGUGGGACAUUUCCUUUUUGCUGGUGCGACAAAGACAUUAACAUGACUUCAGCCGACUAUAUUCAGUGAUUAUAUUCUUUUUUUUGGAGCAUAAAUUCUUUACCCAGCAUUGAUUGUAAAAAUGAUGAUGAUGGUUUAGAUUAUGAUGCUAUGAUCCGAUGAAUAUCAUUCAUUUCCAAAUUUUGACAUUUUAGUAAAUCAUGAUUGUUAAAGAGCUGAUGUUUAAUAAAAAUGUAUUGAU